GGGCCUGGGCGGCCGGCGUCACCGCGCGUGCGUCAGCUGACUAAGAGGCCGAGGCCGCCUUUGCUGCCGCACCUUCGGCGUUUGUCCUGCUUGUUGCCGCUGUUGCUGUCGCCGCCACCAUGGCUCAGUACAAGGGAGCCGCGAGUGAGGCAGGCCGCGCCAUGCACCUCAUGAAGAAGAGGGAGAAACAGCGCGAGCAGAUGGAGCAGAUGAAGCAGCGGAUCGCUGAGGAGAACAUCAUGAAGGCCAACAUAGACAAGAAAUUCUCAGCACACUACGAUGCCGUGGAGGCUGAGCUCAAGUCCAGCACUGUGGGCCUCGUCACCCUCAAUGACAUGAAGGCUAAGCAGGAGGCGCUGGUGAAGGAGCGAGAGAAGCAGCUGGCCAAGAAGGAGCAGUCAAAGGAGUUGCAGCUGAAACUGGAGAAGCUUCGAGAAAAGGAGCGGAAGAAGGAGGCCAAAAGGAAGAUUUCCAGCCUCUCCUUCACCCUGGAGGAUGAGGAAGAAGCUGGCGAGGAGGAAGUGGAGGUGGUGGCUCUAGAUGAUGAGGAACUGGAGAGAGAAAUGGCUACCAAGAAGAGGAAACUGGGGAAGAACCCAGAUGUGGAUACAAGCUUCUUGCCUGACAGAGACCGUGAGGAGGAGGAGAACCGGCUCCGGGAAGAACUGCGGCAGGAGUGGGAAGCCAAACAGGAGAAGAUCAAGAGCGAGGAGAUUGAAAUUACCUUCAGUUACUGGGAUGGCUCGGGGCACCGGCGCACUGUGAAGAUGAAGAAGGGGAACACGAUGCAGCAGUUCCUGCAGAAAGCACUGGAAAUCCUGCGUAAGGACUUCAGUGAGCUCAGGUCAGCAGGGGUGGAGCAGCUCAUGUACAUCAAGGAGGACCUCAUCAUCCCCCAUCACCACAGCUUCUAUGACUUCAUUGUCACCAAAGCACGUGGGAAGAGCGGGCCACUCUUUAAUUUCGACGUUCAUGACGAUGUCCGGCUGCUGAGCGACGCCACUGUGGAGAAGGAUGAGUCACAUGCUGGGAAGGUGGUGCUGAGGAGCUGGUAUGAGAAGAACAAGCACAUCUUUCCUGCCAGCCGCUGGGAGCCCUAUGAUCCUGAGAAGAAGUGGGAUAAGUACACGAUCCGGUGAGCAGGCACUGCUCUCGAUGUCACUACCAACUCCAGGAUUUGGAAUGCUGUUUGAUGGACUAGGCCUCUCCCAGCCCCAUGCCCACAUGCAGCACCCCUUUGCAGCUGGCACGUUUCAGCAGCCAAACUUUUAUAUGAUGUGAUUGAAAUCAACUCCAGACACAGCUCUCAGCUGCUUGAAAAAGUGUGAGGUUCCUGGCUGCUGCACCCUGUUAGCUGACCUAUUCACCCCUGCCACCCUCUACCCAACCUGGCUGGUCAUUGCUGAUAAAUAAAAUCUGAC